AUGUGGGACCCCAAGUUGGCACGGAUCAACCGGGACGCACACGCUUCACGGCAGGCCGAAGUGCGCUUUGCCCUCCGUGCGCUGCGGCGAUGUCCCAACACGCCGACAGCAUAUGGCACGCCGCACAUCGUGGAGUUCGAGGCGCUGCUGGGCCGUGCUGAAGCAGGGGCCUGGGCUGAGCUGCUGGCGCUGCUGCCGCGGCAUGUGGUGCAUUUGACGCGCCUGGCACAGUUCAGUGGGCGGCAGGGGACAGAGGUCCUGGCGUUGAUGGCUGCAGCCUUAGUACAGGCGGAAGGUGCUUCAGGGAUCAUCAUGGAGGAGCUGUUGAGAGCCCAGCUGGAGGCCUUAGAGCCGGACCAGAGUGUCCACAAGGCUUUGCUGGAAGAAGGCAGUUUCACCUGGACGUUUCUGAUGGCCUUUUCUGCGGAGGAUCCUGACUGCGAGGCCUGGGUUCGUGAUGCAGUGGCCGAGAAGACCUUGGAUGGUCUUCGACAGCUUCUGCAUGCUGACCGUCGCGUCCGGUCCAAGUGCUUGAAACGCUUCAGCAGGGCCUUUCUGCACCCAGAGAUGGCCAGAACGAGAUCGCAGGAGCCAAUGCCGCUGAGUGUGGCGGAUUUCAUUGGCGAGCCUGAGGAAAGUUUACCUCAGCUGUCGCCAGCUUCACCCAAGAUCUCCUUUCGGGAUGCUCAGUUGGCAGCGACAACGGCAUGGCCGGCUGGCAAGGAGGUGGAACUGGCUGAUCAGAGCGAUUCGCCCAGAUGGACUCGCCAGGAGCAGAUGGUGCGAAGAGCCAACACCACCAACUGUGCGCCAGGUCCAACAGCAGACAUCGACAGCAUCGCCUCGUCUCUGGUUGAAUCUCUGGUGGACGCAGCUGAUGCUGCACCGCCUAUGUUGUGCCGCCUUGCUGCAUCGCUGGCAAGCUUUGGUGAGCAGGGCGAGGACCUGCUGGCCACCCUUCUGUUGACUCAUUGGCUGGCACCAGCCCUGUUGAAACCGAGUUUGGGAUUAGGCCUUGGACUUGCUGAAGUCUUCCCGGUGCUCAAUGUGACAGAGACAACCUAUUCUUUAAGAUCUUUGGCACAGCUACUCACAUCUGCAGUCACCCGAGCAGGAGACGAAAGCGAAACGAAGCCUUUACGGACCUUGACCCAAGCCCUCGCGAAGCGUGGGAUGGCUCAAGCAUCCGCAGCGCAGUCGCACGAGGAGCCACCCUCUUGUGUUGUUUGCCGGGCAAGCGAACUCAUUGCACUUGGCACCAGUUUGAGCACCUCGGCUGAAGAUGUGGCCGAGAUACUGUCCAUGAGCCCUGAUAAAGUGCGAUUGCUUGGUCGAAGGCCGUCUUCCUCUGGUUCCACAUCUGCUGUGGUUUGUUGGUUAAAGCGCGGGUCACCAGCAACGCAUCGGGCUUCACCACCGGGAGAGGAGGAGACCGGCACGGGCGGAGCCGGCGGAGCCCGUGCUCGGCCCCUGCGGCUCAGCGAGACGAAACGCCACAGCGACCGAACCCUCAAUCGACGAGAGGAGGCCCUCAUCUUGCUUCGACAGCUCUUGCGUGAACCUCGAGCGCUUUGUGGUCAUGGAGUUGGUACAGCAGAUGGUGCCUUGCUGGCGGCUUUGGCGCCAGCACGACGAGGGACUGAGCUGUCACGACAGCUGAAGAUCCAGCUGCUGCAGGAGGCUUUGCUUUGGCAAGAGCCAAGCAGUUCCGAGAGUGCAGCGCCAGAGACAGUCACUGAGCAGGAACUCUUCAACUUGCUGCAGGAGUCGCUGCAGAAGGAGCGCACCGCCGUGACGCUGCUUGGGCGUCAACUGCGACAGCGUCGGCAGCUGGUGAGGGUCACUGCACAGCAGUGUCGUGAGGCUGGGAUUGGGCGUUCCACAGAGGGUGACGGCCUGCUUGCGGCGUUGUGCCAAGGUGCCACAGCCAUGAUCCAACGGUCAAGGCAAACGAGGUGA